AUGCGCACUGAAUCCAAGGAACGGCCGCCAGUGGCACCAAUCCCUCAUCCUUCCUUUUCCAGACAAAAUGGCGGCCACGGCGGAACUCCGCGCCCUCAGCGACGCCCUCGCCGCCAAGGCUGUCGAGACCCGGAGGAUCGGUCGCACGAUGGGCGGCUUCACCCCGCCCACGGCCAAGCCUUCGUCAGGGCCUCCGAAGGCGACGGAGCUCCCGGCCGACGCUGCCCUGGCGACCCUGGAGGACAAAGCGCCACCGACGCGCCUCCGACCGACCAGGAGCCGACACCGGAAGUGUUUGCGCCGACCGAAGCCGUUUCAUCGACCGUGAAGAGGGUUCCCUCCCCGACGGUGCUGGCGACUGAAAUAAAGGUUUUCCCGACGUCUUCGCCAACAACCGCGGCGACCACGACGGUGCCGCCAUCAACCACAGUGGUUCCAUCAACAACACUUCCGCCAACAGCCAAGAGAGAAACAGUCACGCCGCCUCCGACCACAACCACCGAGGAACCAUCCACACCGCCUCCACCUACGACCACCGAGGAGCCACCGUCGACGCAGCCACCGACCACAUCCGAACGACCGACCACGCGCCCUCCGCCCACGCCCUCAGAGGCAUCGAGGCCAGCAGACGCAGCCGCGGCGACGGUGCGGCCCCUGGAGGAGGACGCAGAGAGGUUCGGCGAGAGGUCCGGGACGCCGCCCAGUCCCGAGGCCACCCACGAGGAAUCGCAGGACGAGGUGACGGAACUGCUGAUGGCGAAUCUGCCGUACUUCGUCGGAGGCGCUGCGGGCGUCCUCGUCCUCAUUCUGCUCAUCAUCGUGCUCGUGACCCUCUCGAAGCGCCGCGCGAAGAAGGCGAGGCGGGAGGAACCGAUCGUCCUCGGCAGCGCCAACUACCGGAGGCAGCAAGACGACCUGGACAGCCACGACCAGGACCACGUGAACAUCAUGAUGUACUCCGCCGACGAGCAGGAGGAGGCGCCCCCCCACAACGAGCUCGAGGAGAGGAUCCUGAAGCCUCCCGGCGGGGCGUCCUCCACUCCGGCCACGCCCAGGUGCCUCCGAGACAAGAACUUCGACUAGGAGAACGUGAUGACCCCGUUUUCGGUUUCACAAGGAGAACGAUGGAGAUUUGUGACACUAUAAAGACGGUAUGAUGAUGGUGGCGAUGUGCAAGCGUAUUGUGGUGAUGGUGGUGACACUGCGGACCACAGGACCAUUGAACCAAGAGUUUUGUUAUGUACAGAGGUAAUGCUUAUAGUAACUGAUUCUGUGAUACCCUUUCCCGCCCACAUAUCAGUAUUAUUCAAGUGCUUUACGAUUUAUGAUUUUAUAUCCAAGUAAGAACCUUUCUUUCUGUAUUAUAUGCGCGUUAGAAAUAUAAGGCUGUUCAUUUGUAUGUAAUAAAUAAACGCUUAUAAGGAGGCUCACAUGCCAGCCUCUUUCCUUCA